CCUAGCCCACUAAGCCCUUAACCUAUUUACUUCACAGCCCAACCCCACGCACCCUCGCACUCUCUCCCUGCUCCCGACAGCGCCGCCACCUUGCCCAAAUCGGCAAAUCCCCACUCCAGGGAGAGGGCCGACGCCCGCACGCGCACGCGGCGACAUCGACAUGCGCCCGCGCCCGACCACCCGACCUCGGCGCCUCCAUCUGCUCUCCUCUCCACCUGCGCCCGCAGCACGAGCUGCCGCCGCGCCGUGCAGCCACUGCCGGCUAUCGAUGGAGCUCCGCCUCCUGGCUUAGGCGCGCCGUCGCCCGCUCACCUCUGUGCCGCCCGAAGGCUCUGCCGCCUGGCCAUUCCCUCCUCCGGUUUCUCUCCCCCUCAUCCCGAGCGAGCUCGCCCGCCGCAUGGCCAAUGCCCCAGCCGCCUUGCUUUCCGCCGCCGCCUCCCCUCCAGCGCUCCUGCUCUCCCUCGCCUCCUUCCGCUCUGGCCCGACGCCCGGCCCUCCCCUGCCCGAGCUCGCAAGCGCGCAUGCACGCGUCCGCCGACCCGAGCAGAACUCGAGCUGCCGGCCGACUCGCUCCACAUUGGUUUCCCUGCUGCACGCCGCCGGUUGCCUCUGCCAACAUCGCCGACGACCCCUGCUGCAAGUCCUUUGCAGCCCGCCCCCACCUCCUGCACUGCACGCUCGCCUCCUGCCCGAGACCACAAGCAACACCGCCAUCGACCACCUUCGGGACCAUCACCAAGUACCUCGUCGCCGAUGACCGCCGAGGAUCCUGCACGACCCUGAAGACCGGCUCUGCGAUGCACAGGCUGGAUGACCCUCCAAGACCGACGACGCUCCCCUGCCUUCGACGACCACCAAGACGACCCUCCCUUUGUACCACUACCGCCGCCACACGCCGAACAGCAUCCCGCACGCGUCAAAGGUAUAACCUCCGAGACAACCGCCGUGAAUGAUGAAUAAGAUGCCUGUUCCACAUGCACCCUACUAUAUACUUUGCUAGCUGCAGGGCAUGCCAUGUCACUAACGGCUACCUGAAUCCCCGAAACGUCGCCGUGCCAACAAAAUGUGUUCCCCGUGGCGAUGUAUGGACCUAUAUCAUACUAGUACUAUAUAUCAACUGGUCAAUAAAUUGCAUACAUUUCAAAUAUGUCAUCCUCAUGCACGUUAACAAUAUUUAAAAUUAUUUUUUGAGCUUAAACAAGAUUAACCACAUUUCUUUUAAUAUGGAGAAUCAUGAAAUUGAUUUAUAUAAUGUUUCCUUCUCCGUUUAAUUUGUUUAACUUGAUCCUAGCUCAUAUUUAUAAUCAUCGUAUGCCAUGCUCAUCCAGGUUAACAACAUUUAAAUUGGUUUGAGUAGCUAAACAAGGAAGAUCGAACCCCUUUCCUUAAACAAGGAGUUUGGUUGAACUGCAAUUUAGUUGCAAAUCACAAUUCACUUAAAUUGUCUAGUAAUUGCAUUGGAUCGUUCUUGCGUAUCAUCUUUGUAUGUCAUGUCAUUGCAUCUCAUCAACAUUCUGCCGUGGUAUCAUAGUUAAAAGAUGCAUGCCUAGGCGGACAUGACAAAAAUCCACAAUGCAGCCAUUCACUUCUGGUGACCAGAGAAUUCAAUUCUUCCAACGACAUCCUUCUUCAAGAUGAAGUAGCCGUCAAAGGCCCGGACACCGUUGUAAAGGCGGACAAACAUAUUUUUCCAUGUCUGAAACCGACAACAAAAAUAGUCCGUGAAAAGGGCAUCAGUGACAAAGUAGUUGUCCAUCAGAAUUAAAUGCCCUCGUUCCAUGUUCCGGUUCAACACUCGACGUUCAUUGAUUGAUCCCUUGAAACCGAUGACAUGCCCCACACCAUCGCCUUUUCAUCCUCAUAUUUAUCCUCAUCGGAUGAGGACGAAUCAAAGAUCUUGCUGUAGAAGUUGACGUCCGAACCGUGAGGAAAACAAUGUCAAGAAUUUGGACAAACAUUCGCCGGGCAUUGCGUCUAUUGUGAUUGGCAUCUGCAGGGGUGGGCGGCAAAGGACAAUGGGUGUCCGCAGCGGAGGCAAAGCCGGCAUGGCACCCGAGUGGAGCUCCAGCAAGGCCUGGGCGGGCUGUCGGGAUUGUACAACGGUGGCGGCAGUCUUGGAGGGUAGUAGAGUGGCAGAUACAGCAAGGACGGAGUGAGAAAUCUGCGGUUCCGGACGGGGUUUUGGGGAUGUCGAGCGCCUACAUGACCAAAUUCCGGACACCUUAAACCACCCUCCAUCGGUUUGGUUACGGUUUGCGGUUACUCGGACUCGGACGCGCCGACGCAUCCGCGGAUCUUUGCUGUUCCAUAUUGAUGGCAACAAGGGUAUGGACAGAGCCAGUUCGUACGAUUGGCGCGGGUUACAUGUACAACGUUGGAGUUGCCCGGGGAAGUGCUGGGGAACUGCGGUCCCGAAACCUAUAUAUACCUCCCUCCUGCCGGUUCAUCAUCAAUCAACAAAAGUAAUAACCGUCGGCGGUUAUCGACCUCGCCACAACUCUAAACCUAACCUCGCCGGUGAGCGGCGAUGGAGCGCACGCCCGAAAUUCUCCGCUUCGUCUUAGCCACACUGGGCGCUGCGCCCAGCGCCGCCAUAACGGUGGCCGACGAAGGGGCACCGGAGGCGGCGACUUCGCCGGAGAUGAGUUCCGUGGCCCCAAGAUCGAAGGCGAAGCUUCGGGUGGAAGCAAGCUGCGAGGCAGCUUCGCAUUAUCAGGCCGUGGAGAUGGAGGCCGCUGCCGCAAUUUCGCCGCAAUUGAGCUCCGCGGAGGUUGCGCCAAGAUCAAAGGCGAACCCACGGGUGGAAGAAAGCUGCGAGGCAGCAGCAGCUUCGCGUGAUCGGGCCGUGGAGAUGGAGGCGGCGGCCGCGAUUUCGCCGCAGAUGACCUCUGAGGAGGUCGCCCUCGCCCCAAGAUUAAAGGCGAAGCUACCGGUGGAGGAAAGCUGCCGCUGCGAGGCCGCUUUCCAUGGUCGGACCUUGGGGAUGGAGGUGGCGGCUCCGACUUCGCCGCAGAUGAGGUCCCAGGUUGCCCCAAGGUCAAAGGCGAAGCCAUCGGUGGAAGAAAGCUGCGAGGCAGCGUCCCAUAGUCGGACCGUGAUGAUGGAGGCCGAGACCGCGAGCUCGUCAUGGAGGAAGGCAGAGGCAGGGGCAGCUACUCCGUUCUCAAGGCAGGCGGCCGUGGAGACCACCGUUUCAUGUAAAGAGAAUCCCGUGGAGGCGACAUGGACGAGGGCCAGAACCCCGUCAAUGAAGAAGGCAGCAGUAGCUACUAGGUUGUCAAGGAGUAUGGCACUGGAAAGAAACAAGAAGGCCAUGCAGACCACCGUGUCAUGUGAAGAGAAGCCCGUGGAGGCGACAUGGACGAGCAGGGCCACGGCCUCGACCAGUGACGAAAAGAAACCUGCUGAUAACCUCACGGGACAACUGAUGGAACACCUUUGCACGGCACCCUGGAGUACAGCUGAUGGGAGCCAGGAUGAAGAUAAGGCAAGGCCAGCAAGGAAGGAACAUUUGCUUGAUUCAUUGUUAUUGGCGACAGUCCCGGGAAGCACCAUGGUGGGCGACGAUGGUGUGGCUGCACACAAUAUUUACAACCAGUAUCAAGACCUCUUUAUCUAUGGUAUGCCACUAUUGUCCUUUUGGUAUCAAAUCUGGAAGUCAAAGCCCUUAGUGUUGCAUGACAAGGAGUUUAUUAGUCCCAUGGAAUUCUUAAGGACAAGGGGGGGAACCCGACCUUCUAGGAGAAGUAGAGAUGAGCACCCUAACUUCACAGCGGAAUUCGCAGCGGUGCUUAGCAAUCACUUGGGUACAAUAAAGUACUUCCGAUUGGACUCAUCCACAUGGUCAGAUGAUCAGUUAACAGCAUUGAUGAGUACCCUCCGCAGCAGGAGUAUAGACGACCUAACCAUGAUAAACAUUGCUUGUUCCACUAAAACAGUGUUCCCAUUGGUUGAUAUGCAUUCUGUCCAGAGCCUCACAAUUGGAUUCUUUAGUAUCAUCCCUGCUAUGGGAAGUUCCUCUCGCAUGUGCAGUUUGAAAGUUCUGAAGUUGAUGUGCUGCAGCUUCGAUAGAUACUGCCUUUAUGAGAUUGUGAACAACCACUGCAAUGUGCUACAGGAACUUCAUAUUGGGUUUUCUGUUGUGGACAUUGCAAUAAGAUCCAACAGCUUAAAGGUUCUGCAAAUCGUUUGUAGCAAGGCGUCCCAAGUCAUUGUUGAGUAUGCUCCACAGCUCCUUGUCCUAUCUACAUCAGUAUCAGCUACAAAAUCAAAAGUGCAACUUAAGGUUGACGGUGUCUUGGCUCUGCAAGAACUUCACUGGAUUCAGUUGACACAACAUCAAUUGGCUGAGGGUAUCAAUAGUAUAUUCAAAAGUCUCCGACUCAUUCACAUUGGCAUCAAUUUCUCAGACAAGGGACACAGAUGUAGACUAUCACAGAUAGUGGAAACUGCUGCUGUGCUGACAACUCUUACAGUGGAGCGAUUGGAUAGAGUCGGAUUGGGUGAAUUGUCCGAGAUGGCCUCUGAUCAUACAUUUACUGGUUUAAAGAAUGCACACUGUGUGAAGCACUCUCUUCGGUUGUUGGAGCUGGAUUCCUCCCAAGGAGGGGAUGCCGAGUCAGAUCUUAUAUGUGCAAUAAUUAAAGGUGCCAAAUCGUUACACCGCGUGAUCUUGGUACCACACAAGAGUAGCUGCCCAAGAACAAUAUCUGAUUCAUUGGAAGAAAUCAGCUCGGCUCCGCAUGCCUCAGCUGAAUGCAGAAUUAUUUUCCAAAAAGAAGAUCGUGGCCAAUGAUGAAUUUGAAGGGAAAUACAUGCAAAGAUAGACCUGACAUAUACAUGGGAAUGAUGGACGCACGGAGUGGCGGACAUCUGAUCUGCUCUGAUAGAUGUCUUUUGAUUUCGCUGAAAUAGUGCACUGCAGUUGAUAUAUACUGUGCCGUGAUACGCGUCCUUGUUAAUGUUGCUCAUUGUUCAGACAUGUUUAGCUCAGUAUCCAUUUUCCUAUUUUUUAGGGGGAAACAUCCAUUUUCCUCUUGUAAAAUUUAGAUAUAUUGAAGAUCUGCUGCGACUGUGAGCUGCCAAAUCUCUUUUCUCAUACUUUGUACCAUAUGAGUAAAUAGGUUUCCAUUGAUGUGUUGGUCAUACUA